AUGCUCCUUGCCACACCCCAAGUAAAGUACCUAAUUGAGUGAGAAAACUAAGACGACCUGAUAAGGAAGGGUAGAAAAUGAGGAGGCGGAGCGACGGGUGCUUAGCAACUGGCGGAACGUUACCCACCGGAGAAUAACGCAGUUGAUAGCUUCUGCAGCUGCCGAUUGUUGACGACUCUCCAGUCUUCAGCGCAAAUUCGAUUCAUCUCCUUCGAAGUGGAAAUGAAGAAAAAACGUCCUGCCCGAAGGCAAAUGUGAUCCGCCGAAGUAGGAAAGAGCAGCGAACGCAAAAAGUGCAGUGAAAGAGCUUGAUAUAGAACGUUUGUGUUAAUUAUUGAUACAGAAACCUACUCACCGAUUUGAAAAUGUUUGGUCCUUCACAAAUCUAAUGUAAUUAGUGUUAUCCCGAAGGAUAAAUCAUAAGAAAGAAUCCAACUAUUGAAGAAACUAAUUCAUCUAAUUGGAAUGAAAUGGAAUCGGUGCUCUGUAAUUUUUAAAAUGACUGAUAAACAGAUUCGAAAAUGCAUUGAUAAAUCGCGAGUGAUCAUUCAUGCCGUGUUCAAAGUAAUUUCCGCGAAAUGCAAAAUGAUCUCUGACUCUCCAAAAUAUAGUGAUCUUUUCCUUUCUCUAACGGGUAUUUUGCAUUUCGCGGAAAUUACUUUGAACACGGCAUCAAGUUACUCUAAAGUGAUCACUAGAAAUGCUAAAAGCUUUUGCACAAUCGCGCUCUGCGGCGAAUUUAGCAGAAGCCCCUAAAGCGGUGGCCACUUUUUGAAUUUUUUUUACAAAAUUUAAUUUUUUUAUUCUCUUUUCCUCUAUAAUUAUAUAAUUUAUAUUAUGUGAACCGUGAUCAAAGCCCGUUGAAUUGACCUUGAAAGUUGAUUUUUCUUCAAACUUGAGUGAGUACGUGCGGUUUUUCAAAGUACCAACUAGCUAGCUUUUCAAAGAUACGCGCCAGCUUUGAAUCAUAGUUUCUAAUGAGUAAAUACUUUUUGGCCAAAUUUUUUAGUUUUGAAUUAAUUUAUGAAUGGAAGUAUAUUAACUUCAUUCCGAUAUUUUUAAGUAAGACUUAGAAAAAAUAUUUUUCUCUCUUCUGUACCUUUAAUUUUUUUCCUUUAGAAGGAGAAAGACGAAUUUCAGUUGCGGCGCCAAUGUCAAAAAGUGAACUCGGGAGUUUCGAAAAAGGUUCUUCUUUUUUUAUUUUUCACUGUCACCUUUGUCAUUUAUUCCAUUACUCAUUCUGAAACACAGGCCUUUUUUUGCUAGUUUUUUUGAACAUGAUAGAAUUUCAGAAUUUUUUUAUUGAAAAAAACUAGGAAGAAGAGACGAUUUUCCAGAAAAAAAAUUACAGAGAACGCGCGUAAAGUCCUCUCGGACCACUGUAAGGAAGUCUAAGAAGGUCCGAACAAAUAAGGAUGAAAUAGACUUCGAAGUGUACGAAGUAGAAAAUCUAGUUGAUGUCAAGGUUUUUUUUUUGCUUGCUUCAAAAUUGAACUGAUCUCGUUGCAGGUUGAAGGCGAAGCUAUCAAAUAUGUUAUCAAAUGGAAGGGAUGGGCGGCAACAGACAAUUCAGUUGAGGUGAAGUCCUUUUGUUGUUUUGAAGUUUCAUGGAAGUAUUCAGGAAGAAGUUCGCAUUCAAACUUUCGACAGUAUACAAGCCUUUGUUUACAAAAGAUAUUUGAAAGACAUCGCGAAGGAUUUCAAAUUCGACGGUUCCUGGUAAUGCUGAUUUUCUCAGUGAGUUAUAUUUUUUUCAGACUCUUGCGGCCCUCCAUGUCAUCCAAUUUUGGCACUCGAAAGGGCCGGGCGAUAUAUUAAACUCUUAAUUUGUAAAGUGGUUUCUUGUUAGAUAUUCACCCCCUUUUGAAAGUCCAUCUCAUCUUAACACUUAUCUCCUUGCGAUUCUCAUAAUAAAAAGGAAUAGAGAUAAGUGAAUUUUUCUCAGAUGAUAUCCUACCUUGGGCGACUUUCAUCGAAAAUGCUCUGCGAGCGGGAUCUCUGCGCUAUAUGCUGCACAAUAGUGUCAGCUCUAAGAGGAAACUAGUCACCGUGAGUUUCAUUAUUGUACUGUUGAUUCUUGUAACAUUUCCAUUAAGAAUUCAGAAAAAAAAUUUUCCAUGGUAAUGUUUCAAUCAAACUAAUUGCAUUUUUUUUGGUCAUUCAAAUUCUAGAAAAGGUUUUUGGAGAUCAUAUCGUGCAAAACAGAAAAAAAAAGACUAUGCCCGUUUUAUUUCAUGAUUCAGCAGCUUUUCCCAGGAACUGAUCUCCAGCCACAAAAUGGAGUGGAUGUUGGCUGAUACGCGACGUCUGACACAAGAUAGUCGCGAUUUCUGUGAGAGCCAUUACAUGCAGGAUCUCCUUUUUCUCCGGAUCGAUCACUAUCCUCAAAUCGGGGUAUUUUAUAAUAAUUUCUUGCUUGGAAAUUAAAAAAAAAGACAAUUUUCACAAAGGUUUUUGAGCAAAAAGCUGUUUGCAGUGUUAUUGCAGGCCAAAGAUGCAUAUUUUUGCAUGAUAUCAGGAUUCUUAAGAGUAAACCUCUUUGAAUAUUCAUAAGAUUCUCGGUCCGUGUAUUUUUGAAUGUGUAAUUGAAAAAAAUUGAACACAUGAUCUUACGGUCUUCCGCCUCGUUUCUGCCGUGGGUUGAAGAGCUGCCAUUGUGGUAGAUGACGAAGCUGGAGAGUAUUGGUGGAAGUCUCUAAACGAGUGUUUAAAAAUCCACUUUACACCUAUGAAUAACCUGUAGAAGAGGAUAAACAACUUCAGGUUGAACUGAAUGACGGAGAGGAAGACUGGAGCGGGUUCGUGCCAUGCUGGCCGCCGUUGACUAACCUUCUCUGGAGGCCGCUGUCGGAGCAACAGUUCAGAGAAUGCGAACUCAAAGGUCGCUCUCUGGACGGCGUUUCGGUUUUCUUCACGCCUUCUCUGUGAACUAAUCAAUAAUUCUUUUGAGGUGGAUUUUCUUGUCAACGAAAAGUCGCUGGUUCAGAGAGCUACGCAGGUUUUCCGGAAGGCCGUCGUGCGUUUUUUUUUUCUAGACUUGAAAAUUUCACAUUUUGAUAUCAAAACCUAACGUUUGAGCGUUUCUCGAAAGCUUUAGAUUAUUUUUUUGUGAUCAUCUUGAUUAUUCAAGUUUUCAUUACUAAUAAUUUCCAUUGCGCUUUUUUUAAAUUGGUGACACACAUUAAAAAGUUGCAAUUGAUCUAUUUUUUUAUAGUCACAAUGGAUUUUCAUUGCAGAACGGAACUAACAGGGAGGUACCAUCCAGGUGGAAAAGAUCCAUGGAGGUAAACAAAUGAAAUUGAAAUUUUAGGUUCAAACUAAAAUGUGUCGUCUUGAAAUUGGAAAGGUCAUCGUGGCAACUCCGUGCAGGCGGAAACAUUAACCGAAACGAAGAAAUCUUGCCAUUCGGCGGAAUAGUAAGAUUUCAUCAACAUUUUUUUCACAUUCUCAAUUUUUUCUCAAAUCAGUUCAACAAAAAUGAAAUUGAAGAAAUCUUCAUUUUUUAAAAUCAAUUUUCAAUUUUUCAAUCACCUCUGGCAAUAUUUGUUCUAACAAAAUUUUCUGACUUGAUCGGACAGCUUGAAAAAAAUUUAAAAAAGACUUACAUGUUUCGACCAUUUUGAUAGAUGUGAAAAAACUGCGUAAGUUAAAACGCUCAGAAAACACUGGGUUUGAUCAAUAAUAUAUGACUGCAAACCGUUGAUUUUUGAAUUUUCCGUCAAGAAGAAUUAUUGUAGUAAUCUAAAAAUCGAAUGAUUUGAGCUGCGAAAAAAAUCGGUGGCCGAAGAAUCAAUGACGAACGAGGGCGCAAUGUUGGCCUUGUCGUCGUUCUUCAACGUCCCCGGAACGCCUUUUUGUCUGGACCGCCGGGAGAACUACGAUCUCUCGAAGUUCAUUCAACAUUCUGUAGGUCCCAUUAGGAUGCAUGUGUUUUUGUUCCGAGCUACUAAAGACGUUCAAAAAAUUCAAUAAUUCAGUGUCACCCCAACUGUGGAGUGAAGCUGAAAUGGGGAGAGUACGACGAUGAAGUUGCUCCGACUCUCGUUCUCUACGCCCUCAGUGAUGUUGAGGAUACGAGGAGAUCAAAUACCGGCGUUAUAAUUCAGAUCAUGGAAGAAGAAGUGCUGACCGUUGACUUCUUCAAGCGCUACGAAGACAAAGUUGAGGCUUUCUUCAGAAGACUUCAGCAUCCGGUCGGCCGCCAAGGUUUCCAGAGUAAUUUUAUUUGAAAAAUUGUUUCAAAUUAGUCAAUACCUUCAAGCGGAUCAAUCUUCUUGAGAGGAAAAUUGAUCACGUUUCUUGUGAAUGCGGAGUCGACGAGUGUCGCGAGGUUCGUUUUUCCUUUCCUUUUAAGCGCUACAAGGUCUCGAGGAAAUAUGCCAAGAGAUGGCAUGGAGGGAAAAACACCACUAGGUGGGUUAACUAACCCCCCUGUGAAGAAAAAAGUCUUUUGUGUGAGAGAAGAAACAUAGAACCCUAAUAAGUUGAUAUUUAAACCAAGUUGAUUAUGGCACAAAUCUGUGAACUCUUGAAAGAAUAUACUCUACGCCAUCUGAUCAAAACGAGAAAAAUUAUAAAAACAUCCAGAAAAAUAAUUUUAAAGCUUUUUCUACACAUUUUCGUAAUUUUUUUCUCAAUACCAGCAUGACACUUAGCAAUUUUUUCGAGUAUUUUUACCCAACGUAUAUAUCACGGACUUUCAAACCUGAUCUCGGCUUUAAACUUAUAUCAUUUUUUUGUAAUAAAAAAAAUAUUUUUUUCCUGCUCAGUUUUCAUGAAACCUUCGCAUGUAGAUUAGGAUAAUGGCUCGAUACGUUGCUCAAUAAGCUGAAAAAAUUGUUAAGUUUUGUUCGCGAAGCGCAGCCGAAUGAAAGAUUUCUAAUAGCGUAAAAAAAUUUAUAAAAAGUUUAUGAACUUCAGAUUCUUUACGUGUGUGCAGAGAACGGAGGUACAGGAGGCCAAGAAAUCAUCAAAGUAAGACUUUGAAAUAAAUAAAUUAGAAAGUUUAUGAGAUUUUUCAGAAGAUUCACGACUUCGAAGGGCUCGAAAUCGUUGAUAUCAAAACUGAAGCGCCAAGUGACGUGUAAUAAAUUAAAAAGAAAUAUUAUGCAUCUGUAAUAAACUAUAUUUUUCCACAUUUUAUUCCCAUAUUUUUACAAAAAUUUUUUUAUUAUAUUUGUUUUUUUGAAGCAUGUCCUAAUUAUUUUUUUUCGUGAUUCAAGUUUUCCCACACAUUAAUUUGACAGCAGUCUUAUACAAACAGUUUUCUCAUGUAGCCAGUCAUCUGACUUUUACUCACCUCCAUGUUUUCUUUUCUUUUGUGUCAAGCUUUUUGAAAUGAAACUUUACACUUCACUUUGCAACAUUCUUUGACGAAACGCUCCUCCAAAUCGUUUAUUCAACAAACUCCCUGGUUACCUUUCAAACAAAAUGUUCGUGAGGUCUUGUCAAAAAGCUUCGCUCACUUUUUUUGAAAAUGCCUUCGGCUUCUAUUGUAUUUUUUCUUCUAGCUCUCUUUUUACUGGAGACCAGCUCAGCAACAAGUAAAUUUCCAGCUUUUAAGAAAAAAAUUCUUUCAGAUGGUUGGUUUGCAAUUAUUUCUUUUUUCGGCUUACAGACGAGGACCUACCCGAAGCUGAUGGUUCCAGUCCGACAAAACUAAGUAUCAAUGAAGAGGUCGCAAUUUUGGAAUCGCCACCGGUGAAAUUUCGACAAAUAGGUAGCUGAAUUCUGAGUUUUUUUUCGAGGAAUACUUUAAAAAGGCUUGAUUUUAGUUUUGAAAAAGUAGGAAGUUUCCCUUUGCCAUAUUUCUUUUAAAAAGAAUACUAAAUACAAAUUUUUCUAUCAGAAGCUCAUUCUUAAAAACUAAAUAUAUAUUUUUUUCAUGAACUAUAUUUUUUUCUGCAGCAUUUUUCAACUCAUUUUAGAUUCCUCGGAAUCUGAACCAGACAGUCAUCCGCGAGACAAGAGACGAACAAGACAUGGGGGUCGCGGUCGCGGGAAACAAGCUGGGUGA